GUAAAUACCGGAGUAUGUUCUUACCACUUUUUCUAUUGCUAGGUACCAAUACUAGAAAAACACCAAAAGCUAAAGAAGUCAUAGCAAGUGAUAGUUUCUCUGAACUCACUGUGCGCGCUCAGCUUGGUGCAAAAUCAGAAAAGUUGCUGAAGAAAGGAAAGAGCAUAUCUGAUCCAUUGCUAGUCAGCAUCAUGGUAAAUGCUAUUAAUCAGAUACCCAUAUAUAAAGGCUGGAUCCUGGAUGGCUUUCCAAUGACAUUAAACCAAGCGAAGCUUCUGGAGGAAGCACUCACAGGCUGCAACAGAAACCUCAUAGAACUGGAGGGAAAUAAAUCACAAAUGUCCACAUUGGCUGUUGACCCUACAGCUUCCAGAGAAGUGCGUCUUCCCCCUUCUGCACUGGAUUUUGUCAUGUUAUUAGAUAUUUCAGAUAAUUCCUCACUGAAUCGCAUGAAUGACAUCAUGGCUGAAGCAUUUUCAAGUGAAACUCCUCAUGAAGAUAUCAAUCAACGUGUAGCUGCUAAAAACCAAGAUGUGGAUGAAGACCAGAAUUUAAGAGAUCAAAUACAGCAUAGAAUUGUAGGCUUCUUGGACAACUGGCCUUUAUUGGAGCAAUGGUUUACAGAGCCAGAAAACAUUUUGAUAAAAAUGAAUGCUGACAUAGAUAAGCAGUCUUUGUGCCAAAAAGUAAAGGAAACGUUUAUGACUGAAAUAAUGAAAAAAGAGAAUAAAGAAAAAGAGAAGGAAGUCCACGGUCAGCGUGAGCGUUCCAAAACUCCUGCUGCAAAAGGAAAACCAGCAUCAGGUGAUUGA